GGGGUUUUUUGACUUUACCAAGUGCUUCAUCUGGUUGCCUUUAGUAAAUCAACUCUGAAAUAUUUACAUGGUUUCAUGUUGCGUAUUGUGAUUAAGCCUAAUGAAAACUUUCAGAUGCCUCACAGGUUACUUUUGGAUCUUGAUUUACAUAGAAUUCAUGUUAGAUAAUUUCCAUGACUUCGGAAACCAUGUUGUGCAAUAAAUCCAUUUGAAUGGAAUGUUACCAUUGGGCUUGUGAAUAUGGGUUCAUUAUGAUAAUAAAUAUAGGAGUAUAUAGAAACGUGAUUUUAUAAUUGUGAAGGCAUAAUAAUUAUUUCUUAAUCUUGUAUUCUUCAGGUAAAAUUAAGCUCAGAUAAUUUAGUCAUUUUUCAUGUACAGUCCUUGAAAAAUGGCCUCUUUACAAGACCCGAGCCUAGAUAAGUGUAAUUAUCAGCUAUCUAAAUAAAAAUGGUAGUUUUGGAAAAUGUGCCAUUUGAAGAUGAGCUGAUCUUAUUGAAGCUUAUAAGUAUGAAAACAAAGUUGUUGACAAACAUAAAGUUUUUAAAGCUAUAAAUCUUACAAAAUGCCCAAGAUAGAUAGUAAAUGACCAGGGGUGAGGAAUUCUGCCAUUUGAUGUACUAAAGACUCCCAUAGAGUAUUGAAAUGACAUUAAGGAAAAUAUUUCUGAGCGAACAUUAUAUAUCCAUAUAAGCUCAGUUUUUCUCACAUUUCAUUAUUUCAUUUGUCAUCGACAUUUUAAAUUCUCUUCCCUGAGGUGGUAAUAUCUCAUUUAAUAAAAAAAAUGAAAAUUAGAGAAACUUUUAAGGUUUUGUGAAAAUUCUGUACCAGAAAUUUUCUUAGGAUAAGUACAAAAGAAAUGUCAUACUCUCUAGCAUUCCAUCCUUGAUGGUGCCUUUAAGGGCAGUUAGAAGAAAGAUCUGAUUGUUGACCUCCAUGUUUUGGAAUUGAGCAGGGGUCCUGCACAGAGCUCCAGAUUACUAUUUAUAAAGUGAGUCAGAGCGAUUUUAUUUUAAAAGAUUUAGGUGAAAUUUAAAGGGAAUUAAAUGAGUUUAGGGUAUCUGUUACAAAAAUUGGGGGGGAAAAAAAGGCCAGUGGGACACUAACAAAGGUUAAUUAGCUGUGGAAAUGUAUUACAUUUGUACAAACUCUAUAGAAAGUAACUCCCAGUAGGGAUUAAGGUUCAGGCACGAGUUUUUGUGUCAUCUGUGCUAAUGACCGGGGAAGGUGAUAUUUUAAUGGAAUUUACAGAUGAUGCCCAAUCGGGAUAUUGGGAAAUGUCUGAGUAGUUGGAGAAACACUACACCGAGACUUAAUGAGGUUGGAAAUAGCCACGGAAAAUCUUGGAAAAAUGCACGCCUACACUCUUGAGGACAGUAAAAUGCAAACCAGAUACUGAACAGGAUGGAAGAAACUUGGAAAGCAGUAGUCAGAAGAGAGAUACAUGACAGUGAUGGGAGUUCAAGCAGCAGCCAUCAGAACCUUAGAGGAACUACAAAAUGGGCUGCCUCCUUGGAGAACCUACUUGAAGACCCAGAGGGUGUUAAAAGAUUUAGGGAAUUUUUAAAAAAAGAAUUUAGUGAAGAAAAUGUUUUGUUUUGGCUAGCGUGUGAAGAUUUUAAGAAAACGCAAGAUAAAAACCAGAUGCAGGAAAAAGCAAGAGAAAUUUACUCAACGUUCUUGUCGAGUAAAGCUUCAUCACAAGUCAAUGUGGAAGGGCAGUCCCGUCUAAGUGAGAAGAUCCUGGAGGAGCCCCACCCUUUAAUGUUUCAGAAACUCCAGGACCAGAUCUUCAGUCUCAUGAAGUAUGAUAGCUACAGUCGCUUCUUAAAAUCGGACUUAUUCUUAAAACACAAGAGGAUUGAAGAAGAGGAAGAAGGGGAUACUGACACCCAAACUGUAGCAAAAAGAGCCUCAAGAAUAUAUAACACAUGAUCCAGAAAAGAUCCCGAAAACUGGCCUGGCAAUUUUUUUUUCCACUCUCAGGAAAAGUGUUGUAAAUAACUGCUUUAUUUUACAUAAGGACUGAAAAGCACCAAAUCUACAUAGGGGAUGUACCUGUUUGAUUAACUGCUUUAAAAAUGAUGUUUUCCUGAUUACCAUCCCUGCCUCAGAAACACAUCUCCUUGAAAGGUUUUGUCCUGAAAACAUUCAGAAUCUAGUAGGCUAAAAUGCUGCCAAAGAGGCAUAUUUUGAUUUAAUUUGAAGCAACCAGUAUGUGAAUAUAGGAUUGCUCUACAUUUUAGGCUCUUUCCUUUGCGCACUUAUAUUUUAGUGUUCUGUUAAUCAGUUCGUGGGUCAGUAUAUCAAUCAUUAUGGUAUGCCUUUCAGUUCUGCACAUACCUUUGCGUAUAUUAUUUGUAACCAGGGUACUUUGGGAUCAGAAGAAAAAAAGGGUCAUUGACAUUUUUUAAAGAUGGGGGGGGGUGCGUGUUUGAGUGUGUAGUUAAACCAAAGAGAUAUUCUCCAUAGGCUUGCCCUGCCUUCUGAAUGAUUCAUGAUAUUUCAGGCAACUGCUUAUUAGCGUUUAGGGAGAAUACAGGCAAAAAACCCAUCCUGACAGAAAUAAGAUCUCCACUAUGAAAAAUAAAUAAAUGGGCAAUAGUUCAAUGUCCCCAUAGCAACACAAGUUACGGUGGAAUAAAACAGUGGGAUUAAGUCCAUGUUGGAAAUAAAGUUAGUGGCAGCAGAUUUCUCUUUCCCUUCGCUCCCUGGGUGUGGACCCUCCGAAGUUGAUGUGAUGUGUCUAGCUAGUCACUACACCUCGAACGUGCUAUUGAGCCCCAAGAGGUUGUAUUCAUUGUAAAUCCACACAGUUCACUGAGACCAUCGUCAUCGGAUUCGUUGCCAUAUAAACUUCUCCCCUUUCAGAUACCCAGCUAUCUGAAAUGAAAACUCAAGGUAUAAUUUUUCAGACAUCAACUCCGUGUUUUCUGGUCUCCUUCUGUUUGUCAGCCUCUCUGAAGAAAAAGGGAGGCGUCAUUGAAUUGUAGGGCAAAAGUACGAGCCAUGGCUCUGAGCAGAACAGAAAGGAUCCUACACGUGUAAUCAUAUACUUAAUGCGUUGAACUGUUGGGAGAUUAUUCCACAGCAUUUAUAGCUAAAAUGAAUUCCCUCUUCCCUCCUCAUUCCCCACCUUAUCUUCUUGUCUUUUCGUUUUUGUUAAAUUCACUAGCUAGUUGUAAUUCCAUGUCUGUGGGACUGGGAAACAGCUACUUUUGACAUCUGGCCAUUUGAGGCUGUUUAGAUUUCUGCUGUGGAACUCCCAUGGAAUUGACUCGAGCUCCUUGUGAGGCAAAUAAAGGUGACUGGGAGAAAAGCAUGUCUUUGUCCAAAGGAUUGGAUGACCUGUUCCUAGAUUUCUGUCUGUUUUCACAAGGGGCGUGAGAUAUUUUAUAUGGACUCUUGAGGCCCUGUUAAAGAAUGGUUUAACAAAGGUAAAAAAAUUCAUUUUUAGAUUUUAGAAUUGUUGAAUUUGGGGCUGAGAUCUCCAAAAUGGGAGAGUAUAAUUUAUUUAAUCGCUUUGCAAUCAGUAGGGAGCUAGGAUAUUCCCUGUCCUUAUUUACUCUCAUUUUAACCUCAGAUUUCCUCCCAAUUAGCUUUGGAUUAGUUUUUAGAUUGUGCUGUUGGGCAAGGUCAAUUGUGUAUUAUGCAGUAUUGUUUAUUAACAUUUACAAAGCAUUGGAGGUUAGAAAAUUAUGAUUUAGUCUUGAAGAAAACCAAAAAUUAUAUAUAAUCUUGGGAAGACAAA